AUGGCGUCGGCGAAGACGGUGUUGCGACUGGCCAGCAAGAGGCCGCUGGGCUCAGCUCCGCAGUCCUCCAAAUCGGUGCAACGCGCGACUUUCAGCCAGUCUACAAGGCAAUCUCAAGAGAAGGCUGGGAGUAAAGCAAUAGAUGAGAGAACACCUGCGCCCGACCUCCUAUCAGAGCUGCGCAAGGCACCUCGACCUCCCAUGGGCAAGCUCUCAGCCCCGAUCGUCAACGAUGCGGACAAAUAUGCGGACAAGGCGCUCCCUCUGCAUCAAUACGGCCAGUACCUCAUGUCCUGCCUACCAAAAUACAUCCAACAAUUUUCGGUGUGGAAAGACGAAUUGUGUAUCUACAUCCCUCCUUCCGGCGUCAUCCCCGUGUUCAGCUUCCUCAAAUACCACACCGCGGCGGAAUACACCAUGGUGGCGAGCAUUACUGGUGUCGAUUUCCCCACCAAGAACUACCGAUUCGAGGUCGUCUACAAUCUGCUUAGUGUGCGACACAACUCAAGGAUAAGAGUCAAGACGUAUGCAGAUGAGACAAGCCCCGUGCCUUCGAUCACCUCACUGUACGACGGGGCCAACUGGUAUGAGAGGGAAGUUUACGAUCUGUAUGGUGUCUUUUUCACCGACCACCCUGACCUGCGUCGGAUUAUGACGGACUAUGGCUUCGACGGGCACCCCUUACGCAAAGACUUCCCGCUGACAGGAUACACCGAGAUUCGAUAUGACGAGGAGAAGAAGCGCAUCGUGGUUGAACCUCUUGAGAUGACACAAGCAUUCCGAAACUUUGAAGGCGGUACAAGUGCUUGGGAACAGGUUGGCGUUGGCUCGGACCGGAAACCGCCCGAAUUCAGGUUGCCCACCCCCAAACCGGAGGAGAAGAAGGAAGAGAAGAAGUGA